GGGAGUAAGAGAAAAUCAUAGGUAGGUGAAACAGAAGAAAACAGACGCCAAUAAAGCGGUGGUUCGCCUUACUCCUCCAUCUCCGUUUCACCAAACAGAAAUCUUUUUUUUUUUUAUUUCUUCCCCUUCUCUCUUCAGAUUCUUCCAAGGAAGGGAAGGGAAGGGAAGGGAGGGGGAUUUGUGGUAAAUAGAUAGAUAGAUAGAUGAUCAUCGGGAUUUGAUAGCGGAUCAUCCAGGACUUAAGAUAGGAUGGGAGGUUGCGUCUCCUCGCCCCAAAGUUGCGUUGGAGGUCGAUUGAAGUCCUCCAAGAAAAGAACUCGCCGACGGAAGAAAGGGCUUAAGCGCAGAGCGUCCUCUCGUUUAUCUGAUAGAUCUCUCGACAGAUUUGAUAAUAAAUGUCCCCCCAUCGAACGCUCCUAUUCUAAUCCUGCUGCUUUCCACGGAAGUUUGGAGGAGGCAUGGUUUGAUUCUGAGGCAAUCCUUGAGUCCGACUGUGACGAUGACUUUAAAAGUGUGGCUGAUGAUCUUGUAUAUCCGUGUGGACUUGAAGGUGUAGCAAUUUCAAAUUUCAACCCUGCUAGAUGUGCUAAUAUUAGUGGAGAAGAUGACGAUGUUAGAUCUUCCACUGAUCAAAUACACAGAUCAGCUGGAAAUUCUGCUCGCAACUCUGCAAGUGAAAUUACUAAAGUUUCAGUGAACUCGGAUGAUGUUGAUUCUCACUCAAAAAGAGGACAUCUUAAUGAAUCACAACAACCAGUGUUCCGAGAUGAGGUCUCCUCUGUAGAUGGAACUAAUUGCAGGGAUGGAGUGUUGGACAAUUGUGGAAUUCUUCCAAACAACUGUUUGCCUUGCCUGGCUUCCACUGUGCCCUCGGUUGAGAAGAGAAGAUCGCUGAGCUCAAGUCCACCAAGUGCAAGGAAAAAGGCGGCCUUAAAACUGUCCUUCAAAUGGAGGGAAGGGAAUUCAAGUUCUUCUAUGCUUUCUUCAAAGAUGCUUCUGCAAAGACCAUUAGCUGGCUCUCAGGUUCCAUUUUGUCCAGUAGAAAAGAAAAUACUUGACAGUUGGUCGCAUCUUGAACCAUGUACUUUCAAGGUCCGGGGAGAGAACUAUUUUAGGGACAAGAAGAAAGAACCUGCUCCAAACUAUGCUGCAUAUUAUCCAUUUGGAGUUGAUGUAUACUUAUCUCCACGUAAAGUUGAUCAUAUUGCUCGGUUUGUUGAACUUCCUGUCAUGAACUCUACUGGGAGUCUCCCGCCAAUCCUUGUUGUAAAUGCUCAGAUUCCACUGUAUCCUGCCACAUUAUUCCACGGAGAACCUGAUGGAGAAGGAAUGAGCAUAGUAUUGUACUUUAAAUUAAAUGAAAGCUAUUCAAAAGAACUGCCCUCCUCUUUUCAGGAUCAUAUCAGAAGGUUGAUCGAUGAUGAAGUAGAAAAAGUGAGAAGUUUCCCAGUUGAUUCAAUUGUACCAUUCAGGGAAAGGCUCAAGAUAUUGGGUCGUGUAGUAAACGUGGAGGACCUUCAUUUAAGUGCAGCAGAGAGAAAGCUUAUGCAUGCUUACAAUGAGAAGCCUGUGCUUUCGCGUCCCCAACAUGAAUUCUAUUUGGGUGAAAAUGAGAACUAUCUUGAGAUUGACUUGGACAUGCACAGAUUCAGUUACAUCUCUAGGAAAGGCUUUGAAGCAUUUCUAGAUAGAUUAAAGAUUUGCAUCUUGGACUUUGGUCUCACAAUUCAGGGGAACAAAGGGGAAGACAUGCCGGAGCAAAUCUUAUGUUGCACAAGAUUGAAUGGGAUUGACUAUGUGAAUUAUCAGCAACUGGGACAAAUCCAAGAAUAAUCCAUUUAGCUUCAUACUUCACUACUACUCUGUUGGACUUCAAAGCCAAUUUCUCUUAACUAAAAGAAAAUUAGAAUUUGCAUUUGUUUAUCCAUGGUGAUUUUGAAGCCACUCCACGUUUACACCUUUAAGAUGGGCCAAUUUUCCAUCCUGAACCUCAUUAAAAUUUUAAAUUUUCUUUCUUAUCAAGGUGUUUAUAAUGUAACACUUAGAGCAUAUUCAAGAAAAGUAACACUCUACAGGAUUGUUGUUUGGAGUGUUGUAAUUUGUAAUUAAAAAUAAUAAUUAUUGCUGAUGCUUUUAAUGUGUUUUUAUUUAU